AUGAAAGUUGUUUUGCAGAAAGUAAGCCAGGCUUCCGUUACAGUGGAUAGUAAAGUCAUCUCCAGCAUCCGGAAGGGGUACAUGCUGCUGGUAGGUAUAUCCACCGAAGACGACAAAAAUGACAUUAACAAGCUAUCCAAUAAAGUGUUAAACUUGAGAAUCUUUGAAGACGAGCAAGACAACCUAUGGAAGAAAAACAUCAAAGAGGUAAACGGUGAAAUCUUAUCGAUCUCACAGUUCACACUGUUGGCAAGGACAAAAAAGGGCACUAAGCCGGAUUUCCAUAUGGCACAGAAGGGCCACAUUGCCAAGGAGUUGUACGCUGAUUUCCUCUCGGAAUUAAGGGCCGGAUUGACCCCCGAGAGUGUCCAAGAUGGAGAAUUCGGUGCCAUGAUGAGUUGCCAACUGUGCAACGAGGGGCCAAUCACAAUCAUACUGGACAGCAAGCAAUAA